UUUUACAGCCAAAAGAAAGCAUCUUCGGAAGAGUCGGUGAAAUAGCCAUCUAUACACACUUUUAUUUAAUUGGUGGUGGCCCUGCUAGGUUGGGCAUUCUGCACAUGUUGUGUCUAGAGUAGAAGUUGAUGUGCUAAUGUUGUGCGAUUAUUGUGGCUAAGAAAAACAUAACCCACGGGUUCCGAGUUCGGGAAGACACGGUAGUAAGAAACAUACAAUUUGAAGUUUUUUUUUUUCCUUUGAAUUUCCGAGGACCAGAUUGGAAAAGGAAGAAGACACGGAAGAAGAAGCAGACUGAGUCGCCAGCAGCAACAGCAGAAGAGAAGAGGUCUCAAUUCUCUCGCUCCCGCACUCCGAUUGCGGAGGUGCUGUUUUCGCUUCCUUCUCUCGGACCGCAGCCAGUAAAAUAUGUGUGUUUUUACGUAGAUAUUUUCGGUGUGCCCUUGCACAAGAAGAGCCUAGGCCUCUGCUUCGCUGAGCCCUUACGAGUGUUUAAAUGAAUGGAGAAUUUCUACCAGAAGAGGAAAAAUCAAAGUGCUAGUUUGCUCUUGCAUUGAUGAUGUGUGUCCCGCCGAUGGUUGGUCGGGGGAAAGCGCAGCCCGCCUCGGUGUCGAUUGCUCGAGGUGCAAAUGAUUUAUGAGAAGGAACGAGCGCAAGGAAUUAGAUGUUGAAGAAUAUCGUGUUUGAAUCGAAAUAUUGAGUGAUUUUUUUGUGUUGUUCGUUCAACCAAUCGCGACACUCUAGCGAGCGCUCGGAGAUGUGCAACCGUCGGUGAAGUGUAUCGGGGUAUAUUUAUAUUUUUACGGUUCUGCGACGACGACGACGACGACGGGGAAGAAAAAUGAAAAAUUGCCUCUGAUAAAUUUUCCACCGUCGUUUGUUCUAGUAGUGUUCGAAUGUGAGGAAAAGUCUGCGAAGAAGUUUCCGAGGAAGCUAAUAGCCAGCUAGCUAGUAUAGGCCGCACCGAUGGGAGAGAAAGUGCGAGCGAAGAAGAGUGCGCACACUGUGGUUUUCGAAUAGUUGUUCAAUAAUUGAGAGAAGGAAGAAGACCAGCAAAGUGUGCACGACGGAAACGAAGAAGCUGUCCGAAGUGGUGAAGUUGCGGCAGAAGGGGAAGAAGAGGAAGAAGCAGCAGCAAAAACUUACACACAAAAAUCGUCUGCCGUGAGGAAAACAGGCGCAACGGUCCCUCCAGCCGAAGUGUGUGAAGCGAAGAAAAAUGUAAAUGAACAAUCAAUAUCUACUGGUAACGUUAAAGUCGGAAAGUUUCUGACACUUCAGCCAGGUCCUAGUCAGUGAGUGUACUACGGAAGAAAAAUAACACAUAACAGCUCGCUCGGUUCGGUUGUCUUCGUAAGGAUAGUCGAAAAGUGAAUGCUAAUGUUUUGAUUUACAUGGUGGAAUUGUGGUUCAUCCCGAAAAUCACGAGGAUUAUACAUUAAUCAUGAAGACGAGCAGAUAGCUGACGCAACCGAGAAUAGGAUUUUUUUUGUGUACGUUGUUUUCGUCUGCAUUUGACAAAUGAGUAACGGGGAAAAUGUGAUGCGUGUUUCGGAUGGGGCCUCGAAUUAGUGCGGUGAAGAAGUGAAAAUCAACCGAGACCAAUAUAAAACAUUUCGCAGACAGACAGACAACAACCCUGCAACCCAAGGAACGGAGAGGCAGAAACAGACACAGACAAUGUAAGUGGCUAAUGGUGCUACUUCUUUGCUUUUUGUGGUCUGCUUUUCUGGAUUCGUCGCCGUCGCCGUAGCCGCCUCGGAAGAACGAGUUCGACAGGCGAAGCGCCUUGGAAUCGACUGACAAAACAGACACGGUCAACCAGUUCCAUAGUUGGGAACAUUGAAACGACCGCGGUUUGGGAACAGACAAACACACACACAUACACGCGCGCGUAGCCAGAAGUGAUACAUUUUAGUGAUUCGGGCGAUCAUUUGAAUGGAAUAGAGAUUUUAACAAUUGGGCAGAAACCGAAGGAAGUGUGUGCAUCUAAGCAGGGAGCUAUCAGCGGUUUUCGGUGGGUAGGAGUACCAUGCUGAAAAGAUGAAUAAAUAUAGCAAGAAGAAGAUUAAGGGUGACGUCACCGAGGUGAAUCGUCACCACCAACGACAAACUGCCACCAACAGCAUUACGACGAAGCGACGGAAAUACAGGCUACUGAACACGCGGCUAAAGUUACUACCCAGUAUUCGAACCUGUUCGUAUUUGACCCUGGGGCUGCUCGUUUGUCUGCAGCUGCUGAUGAUGACCACCGUGUUGCACUGUGCCAAAACGUUCUACAUGCACUGGAAUACGACGAACAGCAUAUUCCGGAUUGACAACACCGAUCACAUAAUCGAUGUGAACAAGGGCAAUUCGGCCUUCGAGUACGAUCAGGUCCAUAUCAUUUGUCCAGUGUAUGAGCCGGGCACGUUCGACAAUGAAACGGAGAAGUACAUUAUCUACAAUGUGUCGAAGGUGGAGUACGAAACCUGCCGGAUAACGAACCACGAUCCGCGCAUCAUCGCAAUCUGUGACAAACCGAACAAACUGAUGUUCUUUACUAUCACAUUCCGGCCAUUUACACCGCAACCCGGUGGUCUAGAGUUCCUACCAGGGAAUGAUUACUAUUUUAUUUCGACCUCGUCCAAGGACGAUCUCCACCGAAGGAUAGGUGGACGGUGUUCCACCAACAACAUGAAGGUGGUAUUUAAGGUUUGCUGCGCCGACGAUCAGCAUCCGCAUCCAAACGUAACGUCUAGUAAUAAUAAUAUUCCUUCGUCGACGUCGGCCGACGGUGGCAGUUCGCCGGGUGGCAACGGCAACGCGGUCAGUGGCAGCAGCGGUGUAUCGAUCAACACCAAUGCCAGUGGUUCGCUGGAUGGGUUCGAUCCAUCGACGAGACUGCUUCCGUCCUCGACGGUGAACAGCAGCCAGGGCAACAUAGUGCAGAGCACGGUGAACUGGCCGGUGUGGAACGGUGGCCAGCAGCGACCAGUUCCGUCGACUCCAUCGGUCAACAACAAUGGCGGAAACGGUCGACACCAGCAUCAUUACACUCCUUCGCCGCCGAGGACGGCAAUCAACAAUUACAACUACGGUGGCAGCAGUGGAAGCGGCUCUGGUGCUUAUAGUAAUAGUAAUAAUUAUAAUAAUAACAAUCCACCGUCCAAUGCACAUCAGAACAAUAAGCCGACGAAGAAGACGAACGAGUACGACAAACACCCGAACGAGGUCGUCAAGAACGAGGAACUCACCUACAACAAUGCGGCCACCGCAAGGACCAGCCGGCGAGGUUUGCUAGGAUUAGUACUAAUAGCGAUCUGUUUGCAUCUGCUGACCGACAGCAGCAUCCGCAGCAGGUACAGUGCGGCAGGGUUGCCAAAUGCGUUGCCAUUGACAAGAUAGCACGUAAGCCGAUUCCUAACGCGAUGCUAAUCAUGAGAUCACACUUACACACCUACAAAAUAGUUUUGAAAGUACACACACUCAUACACCACUUUUACAGCAAACAGAAAAAAAAACAAUAGCCAUUCAUACACAAGCAAACAAACAAAAAAACAUUUGUCAUACGAAAGACUCUUGGAUCUGAUUUUUCAAUAGUUUUUAUUUUCUGAAUGAGCGCGGGGGGUUCACCCUUCUACGCUCACAUUACGAAACAUUCAACGAUACUUGUAAAACAAGCGGGAGUCAGCAGCAGGAGCGUAAGUUGUAUCCUUGUUCGUACAUAGAGCAAAACAAAUAUCUAAUAGUCCUUAUAGUGUGUAGUAGUGAGUGAUAUUAAUUUAAAGAAAAAACGAAGAAAAACAACAGUAAAUGAACAGAAAUAACACACAACAAGGAAAAGCAAAUCACACACACAUUUUUAAAUAGAGGUAAAUUCGAAGACUGAGAGAUUUGACGAGGCACACAGCCAGAGCCGUGUGAAGGAGAUCCGGACGAUAGUUUUGCGCCUCGGUUGGCAGCAGAGCAAGCAGACCAUUUUUCACGAAUUUGUCAUAAACCAUCGUUAGAACAAACGAAACAAAACAGAAAAUAACUACCACAAAACGGUAAAAGCCGGAACGUCGUUCCGUCGUUCUUGAUCCUUUUUUUUGGUGGCCUGUCCAAAAAAUUGCAAUCGUCAGAGAAAGCCUGCGAGCCGGGAAAUGAACCAGUCCGGCCGCCCGCCCGCCCACCGCCCGACGGUUCAGAAAGAUUGAAGCAUUUCAAUUUCGGAAUAGCUGAGUCUGAGUCUGACUCUUUUGGGGCGGCCGCCGGUCGGGGCUUCAAAAGGAGCAGUCAUCCAGCUAGUCCUAGUCCUAGCUAGGACUAGCUAGCUAGCAGCUAGUUGUAGAUUGUACAUAACACAUACGUACUAGGCACAGGUCGGCCGACAAUGAUUUCCACUGCAAUUUUACAAUUAGUAUUGCUGCUCCGCUCCGGCAUCGGCUUUUGCAGGUUAUGCCGGAGUUUUCGAACCCGGCCUAGACGCUGCGCCGCUGCUGCAAGGCAGGCAGAUUAGAAUUUCGAUUUUCCCAGCAGCAGCACCGAAAGAACCGGCUUCGCUUGGGUUCCGUUGCCAGUCAGUAAGUUGCACAGCAGCUCGGCUGGUUGCUGAUUUGGCAUGCGGUAGAUUUUAAAAAAUUUCGGUUAGAUAUCUGCAUAUUCUUUGUUUUCUUGCGGGGGGGAGGCUGUGCUUUUUAUUUUUUAGCCAACCGGGUGGCAGCUGGAACUGGGUACUAAGCCAACAUUCCCGGUUGGGUAGGCCUUUGCCGGGCGUUGGAAGUUUGAAUUUUUUCCGAGGCUAGUUAGGUGCCUCCUGACUGACUGAUGUUUGGUAGUUUUUGAUGGGAACUAGCAAGCAAUCCGUUCCAGACUGCGACUGCGGAGUUACGUCGACGACGACGACCGUCGGUUUUAGUUUUAUUGUUUCGAGUUUUAUCUAGUUUACGAGUGGCUGAAUUACCUGGAUGGUAACGGCCUGAGGGAAAGGAUACGUUUUCCGGUUUAGUUCUGUCUGGAACAAGGCCUGAGGCAAGUUUAUGCUGUGGGAUCCUUUAUAAUGCAUCCAACAACUCAGGCUCUCAGGCUCAGGCUCACAGAAAAAUUACCGUUCUUUUUACCAAAAUUAAAAGAAAAUAGUAAAUUGCAGUGCAAAACUAGAAUUUUUUGACAACAAAUUAUUUGAAGAUCCUUUCGCUUCUCGGAAAAGCUUUCGACGAACGGCCAGCGGCCGUCCAACUUUCGGUGGCGGGUGGUGGAUUUUUCGGGCCGCAAAAUUUUUGAGACAGCACACCGGAACCUGAACCUGAGUCAGCGCUCGGUUCGGUUCCGUUCCGUUCCGCCGUUUGGUUCGGUUCGGUUCAGUUCGGCGGUGUGGCAUUACGUUGUUGUGUUUUUCCCGUGUCCUCCCAUCCCAGGGGGAUUUCCUAGCAUGGGGGCAAGUGGAAGACCGAGCGUGGUACGAGAGUUUGGGACGACAAAAAAGAGCACACUGCUCUGUGUACACGUCUGCCUGCCUGGGACUCCGAUAGUAAUUGGUCUCCAGGGUGAUUUACAACGUUUCCCUUUCGAAAGUAUGCCGACAUGCCGACGUUGGACGUUGCUGCGGCUGUGGCGGUUAGAAGCAGCAGCAGCAGCAGCGGUGCCAUCUCGGGUGCUCUCGAUGUUGGGAAACGUUUCGAUGCUAGCGGGAGGGGGUGCUAGCUAGCGGGGGAACGGGUUCGUGGGAGAUUGCCAUUAA